AUGAUCCAUGGACAGGCGCAGGCUCACGACACAAGCGAAAUCAACGUAAUCAAGAGAGCUCGUGCAGCGCCACGGGAGCUGGUUCGCAUGGACGGUCCAUCAACACGAGUAGGACGCACAAUAACAUUCUAUGCCAAGACUAGAAGUCAGGAGUUCGGCCAAAAGACGGGCCUUGGCGGUAAUCAAGCGGCCUGUCUGUCUUCGCCCGGCAUUCAAUGCUGGCCGACAAGGAGCGCCGCGGGAAUUGGUAUGAUAAUCACUGUCGCCGCCAAAACGGAUUUCGCCACGCCUUUUGAUGCCGCUCUAGCGGCGACAGAUACCAAAUGUUAG